CGCCGCAGCCCCGCCUCUCUAUGACGUCACACGAGGAGCCCUGAAGUGGCGGUCAAGCUUGAGGCGUCAUCUGGCUGCGCCUAGUGGGCCAUUGCCUUACAGUUGCUGAGAGGAGGCGAGAGGCGGGGACGCUAAGGCCAAGAUCAUGUCUGACUGGGAGAGGUUUCCUUGGCAGCAGAGGACGCUAGGUUUGGGAUGAAAGAAGCUGGGCAGAUGCAAAAUCUGGAGAGCGCGAGGGCCGGGCGGUCAGUUAGCACCCAGACUGGCAGCAUGACCGGUCAGAUACCAAGACUUUCUAAAGUCAACCUUUUCACUCUGCUCAGCCUCUGGAUGGAGCUUUUCCCAGCAGUAGAAGCCCAGAGGCAAAAAUCUCAGAAAAAUGAAGAGGGAAAGCAUGGACCCUUAGGAGAUAAUGAAGAGAUGACCAGAGUAUCUACUGACAAAAGACAGGUAAAGAGAACUGGUCUUGUGGUGGUGAAAAACAUGAAAAUUGUUGGUCUCCACUGUUCUAGUGAAGAUUUACAUGCCGGGCAGAUUGCUCUUAUUAAACAUGGGUCAAGGCUGAAAAACUGUGAUCUUUAUUUUUCCAGAAAACCAUGUUCUGCUUGUUUGAAAAUGAUUGUAAAUGCUGGAGUUAACCGAAUUUCUUAUUGGCCUGCUGAUCCAGAAAUAAGUUUGCUUACGGAGGCUUCUAGUUCUGAAGAUGCAAAGUUAGAUGCCAAAGCAGUGGAAAGAUUGAAGUCAAACAGUCGGGCCCAUGUGUGUGUCUUACUUCAACCUUUGGUGUGUUAUAUGGUGCAGUUUGUAGAGGAGACCUCUUACAAAUGUGACUUUAUUCAAAAAAUUACAAAAACAUUGCCGGAUGCUAACACUGACUUUUAUUAUGAAUGUAAACAAGAAAGAAUAAAAGAAUAUGAAAUGUUAUUUUUGGUUUCAAAUGAAGAAAUGCAUAAGCAAAUACUGAUGACUAUAGGUUUGGAGAACCUGUGUGAAAAUCCAUACUUUAGCAAUCUAAGGCAAAACAUGAAAGACCUUGUCCUACUUUUGGCCACAGUAGCUUCCAGUGUGCCGAACUUUAAACACUUCGGAUUUUACUGUAGCAAUCCAGAACAGAUUAAUGAAAUUCACAAUCAAAGUUUGCCACAGGAAAUUGCAAGGCACUGCAUGGUUCAGGCCAGGUUAUUGGCAUAUCGAACUGAGGAUCAUAAAACAGGAGUUGGGGCAGUCAUUUGGGCAGAAGGGAAAUCUAGAAGUUGUGAUGGAACAGGUGCCAUGUACUUCGUAGGAUGUGGUUACAAUGCUUUUCCUGUUGGAUCUGAGUAUGCUGACUUCCCACACAUGGAUGACAAGCAGAAAGACAGAGAAAUACGGAAAUUCAGAUACAUCAUACAUGCGGAACAGAAUGCUUUGACAUUUAGGUGUCAAGAAAUAAAACCAGAAGAAAGAAGCAUGAUUUUUGUGACAAAGUGCCCAUGUGAUGAGUGUGUACCUUUAAUUAAAGGUGCAGGCAUAAAACAAAUCUAUGCAGGAGAUGUAGAUGUUGGAAAAAAGAAGGCAGACAUCUCUUACAUGAGGUUCGGGGAGCUUGAAGGUGUUAGCAAAUUUACAUGGCAGCUGAAUCCAUCAGAAGCUUAUGGUCUUGAACAAAAUGAGCCUGAAAGGAGAGAAAACGGUGUGUUGAGACCCAUCCCACAGAAGGAAGAGCAGCACCAGGACAAGAAGCUGCGCCUUGGAAUCCACUAAGAAGGACUGUCUACACUGCAGGGGAACCUCAAGAACUUUUCAUUGCACUUCUAAAAUUCAGCCUUGUUCAUUCAGAAAAUAAGGAUGGAUUUUGUGAAUAAUUGCAAAGAUUUUUUAAGGAAGCUAAUUUAUUUCUAGGAUACAAAUGGUGUUAAUAAGAAUAUUUGUCUUUUAGAUUUAUGUGUGGGUUUUCCAUAAUGUAGUAGUGUGUUAUUUUAUUACACAAAAUGAGGGAGCAAUAACUUAAACCAAUGUAAACAGCAACAGGGACUGAUUUCUAUUUAUCUUGACUUUAUAUUAGCCAAUUUGAAAGGGUCUGCUUCACAGGAGGUCAUGCCUCUGCAGGGAAUCACACACCUUUUGAGAAAUAUUAAUUCUUUUGAAUUACAAGAGUGACAGUUAGUAAACUGCUCCAGGGAAAUAAAUGUCAUCUUUUAAGAGUCAAUGUAUAGCAAACCAAAAGGUCACAUUUAUACCCAAAGCUUUCUAGUAAUCAGAAUUUACUUAAUUAGAAUUGACUCAUAAAAAUAAAGUUAGUGGACUUGGUCUCCAUUUUUAAAGUAUAUUUUGUAAAUGUUAACUCUGUGGUCCUGUUUAUUACAGAGUUUGGGUAGCAAUAGGAAGACAGUGUUAUUCUGAGACAGUGUCACUGCUUGAUAUCACUGACUCUUGAAAUCACUAACAGUGAACCUCAAAUUUGGUUAUGAUGCUAACAGAGAAGAAAUAUUUGAGUCUGGACUAUUGAAACUAGCCUUCCUAGAAUUCCAUUAAUAAAUGCUGCUCCCCCAUAUAAUCUUUCCUUCUGUAAAAUUAACACAGGUUGUCUCAUGGCAUUGAUCUUCAAAAGGAAGAGCCUUUUAAAAACAUUUACCAACCUCGAGAAUAAAUACUGAAAGUCUUGAAAGUAUGGUAAUUUCAGCUAUUCCAGAUUGCUGUCUGUGAUUUCUUACAUUUUUAUUUGCUGAGAAACGUUCAGAAAAUUAUUCCAAAAAUGAGGGUACAUGUUCUGUUCUCUCCUAGGUUAGAGAGGGAGUGGCCUGGGAUGCUUCAUGAGAAAUGGCUCCCUGGAUCUGUGGUGGUCAGGUUUGCCUCUGCUUUUGUUCCCUGCCUUUCCACAACAUCACAUGGCCUCACUGGGCUUCCUACCAGUUUCUCAGAAUUACACGCAGGACCAUCCAAACAUGGGCUCCGUGCCAGGGCUGUGACUGCAGCCUGUGUAGGUCCAUGGGGAGUUCAGAGUCAUCAUACAAGGCAGCCAAGAACUGCCAUAAACACUACACAGAUGGAGGGCAUGAGAUAGGACGGGAGACGAGGCGAGGUACACUUAGAGGUAACUAAGGCUAGUUUGAAAACCAUGAGUUAAGAUAUUCUUAUCCGUAUAAAAACACUGAGAUAGCUUACCUCCCAAAUUGCUUUAUUAUAUUAACUCUCAUGCUUCAGCUCUUGGAUUUGUUGUUUCUUACUAACCUGUCAUGUACACCAAACAUUUUAUAAAUCAAUCAGUAAAUAUUUUGUAAGACCCAAUAGCCUGGCAUACUGCCAGGUCUGUGGAUUUGCCUGUUGGGCAUUGGGAUGGGAUAUGAGAGGAAGAAGCAUACAAGUGGGAAAAACUGUGAUUAGAAAGGGAAAACUAGGCAUUUCCACAGUAUUAUUAAGAGAGUCAUGAUAAUGCCAUUUUUUUUUUCUAUACAACUGGUCAGAUUUCAAUAAAUAAUCAUUGACGGUUUAC